UAACGCGCAUUGUAACAUAACACAGUACAACGCAAUACAAGGCUCCGUAGGUUGAAAUAUUGCAUCACAGAUAGACUGCAUAUCCAUCCAUUUUCAGUACCAUUUUUAACAGUUAAAAUGUAGUUUACUAACACAGGAAGCCUUUUAGACUGUAUUAUCAUUGUAGCUAAGCCUUAUAUAAUAAGCAAAGCGGGAUUGCAGCAGUGGCUAACGGCUAUCAGCUCCAACAACAGAGACUUAUCAAAGAUGUGUAAAUAAAAGUGAUGCUCCUCUGCGGCGGAUGACCAGAGGUACUUUCGGACGGUACGAGACUGGUGGGAAUCAACAGUCAAGAUGAUGAAGAAAAAGAAGUUUAAGUUCAGAGUGGAUUUUGUGCUGGACGAGCUGUCGUCGGUUCCGUUUGUGAACGGGGUUCUGUUCUGUAAAGUCCGCCUGCUCGACGGCGGAUUCUCGGAAGAGUCGUCACGGGAGACAGUUCAGGCUAACUGUGUACACUGGAGAAAGAGAUUCUCCUUCCCCUGUAAAAUGAGCGCUAAUGCUGGAACUGGAGUCCUUGACCCCUGUGUGUGUCGAGUUUCAGUCAGAAAGGAACUGAAAGGUGGAAAGACUUAUGCAAAGCUGGGUUUUGCUGAUCUCAACCUGGCUGAGUUUGCAGGGUCAGGCAGUACCACACGCAGGUGUCUGCUGGAGGGUUAUGACACCAAGAACACUAGGCAAGACAACUCCAUUCUUAAGGUGAUUAUUAGCACACAGUUAAUGUCUGGGGACCCUUGCUUCAAAACGCCUCCAUCCACUGCCACAGUGAUAGGCAUUCAGGGUGAUGCUGAGAGUCUGCUGGAAGACAGGAAAGGAGGAGACACACAGAAACCUUUUCUGAGCCUCUCAGAGACAUCAGGGAAGUGUGGCUCUCUGCCUGAUGAAUUGGGACUGUGUGGACACUCUCGAACGUCCAGUUACGCUAGUCAGCAGUCCAAAGUAUCAGGCUAUAGUACGGGUCACUCACGUUCCUCCAGUCUGUCGGAGUUCUCUCACAGGAGAAACACUUCGGUGGGCAGUACUUCCACUGGAAUUGCCAGCAUCCCUGAACCCAGUGAAGAGAGUGACCAAACUACAGCACCCCCUACAGCCCCGGGUGUCUGCGCUGCUGUGCCUGAACACCCAUCAACCCCUGACAGAGCUGCCAGCAGAUACCCAGUGAAACAGGACUCAAUGGAGUCUCAGCUGAAAAGGGUAGAUGCCACACGGGUGGAUGCUGAUGACGUAGUAGAGAAGAUCCUGCAGAGCCAGGAUUUCACCCACAGUCUGCUGGACUCCAGCGCUGAAGAGGAAGGCCUUCGCUUGUUUGUGGGUCCUGGUGGAAGCACAGCACUUGGUAGCCACCACCUUCCUGCCAGGGUUGGAGCUGGUGCCUAUGAACAGGUGGUGAUCAAACGCUAGGAUUGGGAGAUGCCAGAAGGAGACAUGUCAAAAACCAAAGUCUGUUUCGUGGGAGGAGAGAGAGGGAAGGUGGGAGGGACAAAGAGAUCAAAAGAGACAUUUCGAACCUAUUUCAGCUUUGAUGAAACUGUGUGCCCUCUGCUGGCUACAUAUAGAUCUGACAGCUCCUCUGAAUGAGGCUGCCAUUGUUGCCAUAUGUGUUUCACUGUGAGGUAAAGUCAGUCUUCUAACACAUCUGCAUUGCAAACCAUAACCGUUAUUUUUCCUCGCUAUUUUUGUAACUUUCAUAGUGCUGUUUUUUUGUUUAUAAUAUCUCUGUAUAUUUUAGCCUGUAUUUACGUUUGUAAGCCAGUGUAAGGGGUCUGUCCGUAAUAUUUGGAGUUUGUAUAAAUUUUCGCAACAUUGUGUAUGUGUGUGAGGUGUAUACUGUUUCUGCAGAGGAAGGUUACCGCUUAUAACUUCUAUAGCUGGUAUUCUGUCAUCGCUUUACUGUACAAAUGGAAAUCAAACUGUCCCAACCCACUCCAGCGCCAAGCCUAAAUCAGUCCGCAGGUUGUCUAAAUUUGUUUGUGUGCGUGUAAGAGGUCGUGAUCUGUUUGACAGAGCCGUUUUCAGACUUUAGUAAAAUGUUAAUUUGAAAAGCACUUUGAAUUCAAGGACUCUUCAAAACUUUACAUGUUAACAUGUCAUUAUUUUCAGGAGUGAAGGGAGUUUAAAAGGAUGAACUGUUGUUAUCAUGAGACUAAUGAUCCAGUUAGCCCAUACACAUUGAAUGUGUAUUUCUUCUGUUCUAUUGUUGUCAAAUGAGGACUUUCAGCUUGACUUAAAUGCAGAUUAUAUAACUUCAACAGCUGUGUUGUAUGUAGAUAUGUAGUCAUUUUGCAGUUCGAUUUGUAGACACAUUUGCUACUUCAGAACUAAGCAGAUGAAUAUCAGGUACAGUUAGCUGUGUAUUACAUAACCAUUUAUAAUAUCACGUAAAUAUACUGGCUUUCACGCAUGGACGAAAUCGGACAAGCUUUGUUCUAAAGCUACGCUUAGUAACAGGGCAGCAGCGAAUUAAGCUAUUAACCAUUUCAACAAUGCUUGAAAUUGAAAUAUUUAGCACAAGGAUCUCUAGAUAAUGUAAGCAACACAUGACAUAACACUACUACUUUUUGCAGUACUUGAUGUAUCAUUUAAAUGAAGCUAUUUUAAUUCAGUGCUGAGGUCAUAAGUAUCUGUGACUGUAAGAUCAGCUGUAGGGAAUAUCAGAAGAUAUCAAACCAUAACUUAGUGCUUAUCUUGUUUUAUGUGAAUGUAUGUCCAUAUCUUCUCGGAAGCCAUUUACUGUUUUAAACAUAUAAAUUCCCUUGCCUCUGUGAUGCUGAUUGUGUGAGGAUUGAGUGUGUGUGUGUGUGUGUGUGUACAGUCUGUUUGUAGCACUUGAUUAUAUCGUAACGGACUAGAAUUAACUUCAAAGUUUAAGUGUACAAAUGCAUGGGUGUCUCACCUACUCAAUGUGUCUGAAGCAUCCAGCCUUUUGUGUAGACUUUGCUAUCGCAUAUCCCAAACAUCUCCGUCAGGUUGGUCCUGGCCCAUCAAUAUCCAAACAUUAAAGAACCCUGACAGGAAGCUUGGAUUCAAUAGUAAACUCGACCGCAUGUCUCAGGUUUAAUAUUGUAUCUUCAUUAUUACUGCACAAACAAAGCACUACACUGCGAAUGUGUGCAAAUAUCAGUAUAGGCUAUUUAGAGAAUAUAGAGGCUAUAUCAGAUAUAUCAGAGAAUAGUUAGUUCUUUCAGCUUCAUUAUCUCCAUUAAAAUGAGUGACCUGCUUAGUUCUUUUGAACUCGAUUUUUACUAUUUUAAUUGAUCUACUGCCAAAAUGAAAGUCUAUUUUUAUGUAUUUGAGCUUUAGUGAUACUUUUAGGUUUAAAGUCUGUCAAGAUGCAAGUUUCGCACAGUUUCAUAUACGCCACUCUGUUAGAGGUUUCAGCCCUUUUCACCCACAGUUUUUCCCUAGUUACUCUUACAUAACCUGUAGGUUGGUCCUGGUACUUUACAUGUUGUAAAAAACAUGGUGGCUUUAUCUCUUCUGUGAAGUUUUGGUCCCUGUAAUUGUACCAUGUCUGAUGUAGAAACUAAGGUGACAUUGCUUUUGACUUGUCUUGCAAUGUUGUGUUCUAACCUUUGACCAAUAGUGGCUCUCGUGCCAUGUGUUCUGAUAUGAUGCUGGUAAGGUAUGUACCAUGCACUGUUAAAUAAAACCAGUACAUUUAAAAA